AUGAACCAGCUUUGUGCAGGGGAGAGGAGCAGGGGAGAGGUGCUGUGGAUGCAGCCGAGAGCAGAUGAGGAGAAACCCCAGCAGGAAGAUACUGAGCAAGUAUUACCCCAUGGGACGUUAUCAGGAAGAUCAAAAGGGAAUGAGUCCAGGAGUUGUGCACUCCCAGAAAAAGCAAAAGCCUGUGAGAGUCAGCACAGGCCAUCGGAAGAUUUCAGUAGCCACACAGACCUUCUUACAUGUGAGCGAAUCAACUUGGAAGAGACACGCUACACAUGCCAUGAGUGUGGGAAACACUUCAGUCGGAGCUCAAACCUUAUCAGACAUAGGAGAAUCCACAUUGGUGAGAAACCUUAUGGAUGCCAUGAGUGCGGGAAAAGCUUUAGUCUGCACUCAUCCGUUAUCAGACAUAGGAGAAUCCACACUGGAGAGAAACCUUACACAUGCUCGGAGUGCGGGAAACGCUUCAAUCAGCGCUCGAGCCUUAACAGACAUCGGAGAAUGCACACGGGGGAGACGCCCCACACAUGCGCUGAGUGUGGGAAAAGGUUCAAUAGGCGCUCAAAGCUUAUCAGACAUCAGAAAAUCCACACUGGAGAGACGCCCCACACAUGCGCUGCGUGCGGGAAAAGCUUCAAUGACCGCCCACACCUUAUCAGACAUCGUAGAAUCCACACAGGGGAGACGCCCCACACAUGCUCCGAGUGUGGGAAAAGCUUUGAUCGGCGCUCAAACCUUAUCAGACAUUGUAGAAUCCACACCGGUGAGAUGCCCCACACGUGCACUGAGUGUGGGAAAAGCUUCAAUAGAAGCUCAAACCUUAUCACACACCAGAGAAUCCACACAGGGGAGAAGCCCUACACAUGCGCUGAGUGUGGGAGAAGCUUCAAUCGGCACUCACACCUCAUUACACAUCGCAGAAUCCACACGGGAGAGACGCGCUACAUAUGCUCGGAGUGUGGGAAAAGCUUCAGUGACAUCUCUGCCCUGAUCACCCAUCAGAGAAUCCACAACGGAGAGACGCCCUACACAUGCUCUGAGUGCGGGAAAAGCUUCAGCUGGAGCUCAUACCUGAUCAGACAUGAGAGAAUCCACACAGGGGAGAAGCCCUACACGUGCUCUGAGUGUGGGAAAAGCUUCAGCCAGCGCUCUACCCUUAACGCACAUCAGAGAAUCCACACACGAGCGACGCGCUACCCAUGCCCUGAGUGCGGGAAAAGCUUCAGUCGGAGCUCAGAUCUUAGCAGACAUCAGAGAAUCCACACAAGAGAAACGCCCUACACAUCAGGCCUGCACAAUUCAUAAAGCAGCGAGGGCCAUAUUGCUCCAAAGAAAACAGCUGAGGGCUGAAACCGCCCGGCCCUGAGGAAACACCCCGCCCAGU